CCCCAGCAAAUAUGCGUCCAUAAAAUACGGUAGUCAUAAUGUAUUUGUGGUACAGGGCUGGUUAUUUAAUGUACACGGUGCUGCACAUGCCUCGAUUCAAACGGGAAGGAAAAGCGGAACCAUUUUAAAGUUUUUAGUUCUGAGUCGGCGUGUAAAUAGUGGUGCGCAGCAUGUCUAUUUAUUUAUUUAUAAAUCGUGAGUGGGAGAAAUAUCGACUGAGGCACAGAUGUGACCUUUAAAAGUUACAUACAUAUUUACCAAGGCCAUGAAAUUGUACCGGUCACUUUGCGAUGUCGCCAAGUUUCGAAACGCAUUCGACUUUGGAGGACGGGAAGUGGCUCACUGGUUCCCCGGACACAUGGCUAAAGGGCUGAAGAGGAUGAGAGCCAGUCUGAAGAGUGUGGACUGCAUCAUAGAAAUACACGAUGCUAGAAUCCCCUUGUCCGGAAGAAACCCUGUGUUUCAGGAGACUCUAGACGUCAAACCACAUCUGCUUGUUCUCAACAAGAUGGACUUGGCUGACCUGUCAAACAAACAGAGGAUCCUGAAGGAGCUUGAUAGAAGUGGCGUAAAGAAUGUUCUUUUCACUAACUGUUUAAAGCAAAGAGACAACAACGUUACCAAGUUGGUGCCGACAGUUCUGGAGAUGAUGACAAAGUCGUGCCGUUUUCACAGAGAAGAGAAUCAUAAUUAUUGCCUGAUGGUGAUUGGAGUGCCCAAUGUUGGAAAAUCAUCACUUAUCAACUCCCUCAGAAGGACACAUUUGAAAAAAGGCCGUGCAUCUCCAGUAGGUGGAGAGCCUGGUAUAACUCGAGCUGUCCUUACUAAGAUUCAGGUGUGUGAACGUCCCAUGAUGCACCUGUUGGACACACCAGGUGUCUUGCCCCCAAACAUAGAGAGUGUCGAGACGGGCAUGAAACUAGCGUUAUGUGGAACUAUCCUGGACCAUUUAGUGGGUGAGGAUAUCAUCGCUGACUACUUGCUCUAUUCUCUGAACCGGCUUGGAAAUUUCAGUUACGUUGAAAAAUACGACCUGCAAGAGCCUAGCGAUGACAUCCAACAUGUCCUCAAGCACAUCGCUGUGAAGCUCAGGAAGACUCAGCGUGUCACAGCCAUCACUGGAGUGGGCAAUGUCAACAUCACCAUUCCGAACUACGCAGCAGCAGCGUACAUUUUCAUCCGAGCUUUUAGGAAAGGUGAGCUGGGCCAAGUGAUUCUGGACUAGAAGGACUCAUUCUAAUGGAUGCACCUGUAUAUUUAUACAUUGUAAGUAAAAUGCAUCAUGCAUGA